AUGCCGCCGUCUCACGCGGCUGCAGCCCGCCGUCGAUCAGGGCGAGGAAACAAAGGGAAACGUGGCGAGGAAACGGAGAAGACAGCUUCCCCCGAUCCGGUGUACAGACAGCCUGACUCGCCGGCUGCGCCUCCCCAGCAGAGUGCAGCUGGACGUCCCUCACCUUCUGUUUCGAGAGAGCAGAGACAAGAAGACCGGAGAGAGGGCGACCUCGACCUUGCGGCCCCUAGUAUGGCGGCACAUCCCGCGCAAGACGAGCAAGAAAUGGAGAGCGCCGAGACAAUGAGCGUACCCCCCGAACAGCCUCUUCCCUCAAGACUGCCCCUUGAAGACGGCCUCACGUCCUUAUGCUCGCCGGCUUUUGCCGCCUCGCACUCUCGGACCGGGCACCCGCAUUCGCCCCUUGCGUCUUCCUCUCCGUCUUCCUUUUCUGAUGCGGCUGCGUCAAAGGCGGCUCUUGCCAGCCUCGAGACUCCGGCGGCGCCGUGUGCCGCCCCUGUGGAGGAGAAAGGCCAGCCGCGCCCAGAGAAUCCACCGACAGACAGCAGCGAUGGAAGUUACAUUCUGCUGGAAGAGGCUGAAAGUCAGAGGGCGUGUGUGGACCGCAAAACCAGAUACCCACAACCCGAGACAGACUCGACUCUCUGGGCAGCUCCAGAUUUCGCGGCGCAUGCGACCUCUUUUGCUUCCGGUUUCCGAAACGCUCUCUUGCCAUCGAGCCGCCUCCAACGCGAGGCCGGGCGAAGCGGCCUCAGCGGUGUGUCUUUUCGGGCACCGAGCCAGAGCCUCGAGUCGCCGGGGAGAGUCUCGCAAGGCAGGCCGAGAGGAGGCGAGCCGCCAAGAAGAAGGCAACACUGGCGGAGAGAACUGCGAACCUUGUGCGCAGUCGCUCUGGCCUUUCUCCGAGCGUGCUGGGUCUGGAUGAAACGAGCGGAGCUGCGAGCCUCCAGGUGGAUCUCUCAAAAUGCAGCGACGGUGCGGGUGGUCACGUACGCCUUUCUUCUCCUGGUCACCUCGACUGGAAACACCAUCUGUUUCAAGAAGAUGAUUGACAAGUUGCCCAACUACAGCCCGUUCCUCACACAGGUCACCACAGUUGCCUUCGUCCCUGUCUUCUUCGCUCUGUCCUUCUACACCGACUAUGCGGGAGGCCUUCCCCAGGAGAUGGCAGAGUUUCCAAAGCGCAACUUCGCAGUGAUGGGCUCCCUCGACUCCUUCAGCGGCAUAUUGGCCAUUAUCGGUGCUGUCCACACAACGGGUACCACUCAGGUGGUGCUUCAGCAGAGCUGCAUCGUUUUUAUCCUUCUAGCCUCCAUCGUCAUGCUCCGAAAACGAUUCCAUGUGGCACAUUAUUUGGGAGCUGCAGUCAUUAUUCUCGGUGUCCUCGUUGUGAAGCUGCCUGAUCUUCUUCAUCCGUCUCCGGACGGGGGCGACGAUAUGUUCGUCUUCAACUUGCUGUAUCUCCUCAGCAAUUUGCCCGUAGCCAUCUCGUGCGUCUACAAGGAAAUGGCUUUCCGAGGCGUCGAGAUGGGCGCGAACUACUUGCAGGCCUGGGUUGCUCUCUUCCAGUUCCUUAUCGGAUUCCUCAUUCUUCCCCUCAACGCGCUUCCUGUGCUCGGACCGCAGAGAGUCCCCCUGGCCGAGUUGCCGGCGAGUUUGUGGAACGGCACGCGCUGCCUCUUUGGCUACAACACGAUCGUCACGGACUGCGGAGAUGCAGGGGGCCUGCAGUCACCCUGUGACGAUUGCGAAGGCGCUUGGAAAUACGUUGGAAUGUAUCUCGGAUUCAACCUCCUCUACAACAUGUUUAUCAUUUUCGUUGUGAAAAACGGAGGCGCGGCGCUGACUUUCUUGGUGUCCACGCUAAGGCUGCCGGUGACGGCUCUCGCCUUCUGUUCGCAAGCAAUCAUGGGCGAUCGCGCCGUCCCGCCGAGGGCAACCGACUUCUACGGCUUGCUGGUGCUUAUUCUAGGUCUGGUGAUCUACCGAGCAGGCGGCAUCAUGAAGAAACGGGCUCAGCGACGUGCCCUUGCAGCCGCGCGCCGCCACCCUUCGCCGAGCGUCCUGACCCUGAGAGGAGACGAAGAAGAUCAUCCUGGGGCUGACUUCGUUGAGGAGGUUUUUGCUGCAUGCGAAGUCGAAGAGGCGCUCAGCGAUGACGAAGAGACCGACGACGAUAACUCCGAGAUUGACGUUCGUCCUCUAUUCACUUCGGUCAUUCCCCCGGAGCCUCCCCAGGUGUACGUCCACACCAGGCAUCACUCCCACGGAGAUGGGAGUUACCACAAACUCCCUGCCAGCGGGUCUUCGCCCACAGCCUUCACGCCUUUCAUCCAGAUCCUCUCUGCGUGUCCUGCUGACCUCAGCCGCGAAUCAGGCUCCGAACGCGAGUUGUGCACCCGCCGACGGAACCGCGAAGCGGGCGCCGGAGAGAAGUCGUCGCGUUUGCGUGACUUUCCUCUGGAUGAAGAAACUGGACACGCUGGCGCAACAUACGGACAUUAUUCUCCACCCGCUCUCCACUCGGCGUCUCCUAGCCGCGUUGGAGGCUACGAGCCUCCCACGGUGCAUGUGGUGCAGCCUUCGGUUGUGGGCAGAUCCCGAUCGAACGGCGACCCCAAAUAA